AUGAGCGCCGGCCUGCGCGUGGAUCGCGAGCUGCUGUGGCGCAAGCUCUUCGCCUUCGACCACCAGCCAGACGACGGCGCGCUGUCCACCAGCUCUCAAGACGCCUCCGAACGUCUGUGCGAAGUGAUACAGAGCGCCGUGGCGCGCGGCCGCCAGGAGCCGCUGCGCCAGAUGCUGCUGCAGCGGCUCGGCUACUGGCUGCGCUCGGACGUCGUGCCGCCCUUCUGGAGCUUCUUCGACGCGCUGAGCUCGGGUGCUGUUGGCUCCAGGUGCGGGCGCCGACAGCUGGUGCUGCUGUGUGCGCAGGAACUGACGCUGGCGCUGCAGUUCGCGGAGGACGCGUUCGCCCACUGCGUGCAGAUCGCCAGUCUCUUCGACGACCACGCGCAACUCAAGAGGAAGCAGGAGGAGACGACAAUGUUGCAGGAGCUGCGCACCAGCUUCCGCUGCCUCGUGUUCGAGGACGCGCGCGCCGUCGAGCGCUUCGAGGAGCUGCUGGUCAUCUUCUUCUCCAUGAGCUUCCACAAGUUCCGGGGUAAGGAGAAGUCGCAGGCCUUUGACUCGAGGCCCAUCCGCCAGACGCUGCUGCAGUUGCAGUGGCUGCAUGUGGCCGAGCCCGCGCUGCUGAGGGUACUUCAUUCUCAAGUGAAGAAGGUGGUGAAGGCCACGUGUGGAGAGGUGUAUGAUGAACUGUACCUGGCUGAGCUAGAGGAGUGGGCGUGCUCGGAGCUGCUACCCUGGCUGGAGGAGAUCAUGCAGACGAAGGAUGAGAACUUGGCCAGAAAGUGGAGAGAGACGCUGUCGAGGCAUGUGCUGCAGGAGUUUGGCAGUCUUCGUAUCAAGCAGCUCUUCGAGAUCAUUAAAGAGUUCCCGGACAGUAUCCCAGCGCUGGAAGACUUGAGACUAUGCCUUGAGCGCACUCAACAGCAUGGAAAGCUUCUACGAGAGUUUCGAGGUGCGUUGCAGUCGCGGCUACUUCAGCCGGGAGCGAAUACGUCCGCGAUUCUUGAUAUUUAUGUGUCUACGAUCAAGGCAUUCCGGUUAUUAGAUCCGAAAGGUGUUUUGCUGGAAGCGUUAAGCGGUCCAGUGAAAGAAUAUUUAAGAAAACGGAAAGACACUGUGCGCUGUAUCGUCCAGAGUCUCACCGACGAGCAAAACGGUGACUUAUUCGAAGAGCUUCGACGCGACAAUAUGCGCAUUAUCCAGCACGACGACGACAGUGACGAUGAUGAGGACAUUUCACCCGACACAUGGGAGCCAGACCCCAUUGAAGCUGACCCAACGAAGACUUCGCGCAGUCGCAGCAGUGACGAUAUUCUAAGGAUUCUCGUCAACAUCUAUGGAAGCCGUGAACUAUUCGUGAACGAAUAUCGGAUGAUGCUAGCCGAUAAAUUGCUGCAGAACCUCGAGUUCGACACAGAUCGCGACGUGCAAACGCUAGAGCUGCUUAAGUUGCGCUUCGGUGAAGACAGCUUGCAGCAGUGUGAGAUCAUGGUGCGCGACAUCGAGGAUUCAAAACGACUGAAUCAAAAUCAGUUUUGGCCGCCACUGCAAGGUGAAGAUUUCACGUUGCACCCGAAAGUGUCGAAGGAUGUUGAUGCGUUCAAGGACGCAUACCACGUGCUGCGAAACCCGCGUUCUCUGGAGUGGAACUCUUCUCUAGGCUCCGUACAGUUGUCAAUCGACUUGGAAGGCGAAGAGCGCGAGUUUACUGUUUCGCCAUUCCAAGCCACGAUUAUCCUCUACUUUGAAGAAAAAGAUCGAUGGGGUGUGGAAGAUCUUGCAGCGAAGUUGGAGGUGUCCGACGACGUGCUUCUGAAGCAUGUGUCUCUGUGGGUGAAUCAUGGAUUGAUAUCGUUUGCGUCGGGGAGAAAAGAGUUGGUCGCUAGCUCAUCCUUCCAAGACACGCGCUGCAAUGACGACUCGAUGGUGGAAGAGCUCGAGACUGCAGUCUCAUCAGAUGCACAAGCAGAAGAAGAUCUUAAGGUGUUGGAGAACUACAUUGUCGGUAUGCUCUCCAACUUUGGCUCGCUGACGAUCCAGCGAAUUCACAAUAUGCUCUCGACAUUCGCGCGAAGUGGAGCUCAGCCAUAUACGAAAACGAUCUCUGGGCUCUCGGUGGUUCUUGGCAAACUGGUCGAUAAAGGCAAAUUGGAGCUCGUCGGAGGUCAAUAUCAGCUGGCUAAGUAG